GGGACAGGACGGAGCGCGACGCGACGGGACGGGACGGAAGCUCCGGGCUGGAACCUCCGCACCGGGCGGGAGCGGCCCAGGGUUUUAUCUCAUAGAUGUGAAGCUCCUAAACCAGAAACUCCUGUUUCCAAGGGCACCCGAGGAGAUGAAGUUUUCAGGCUGUCACAGGAACAGACACUCCUAACACGUGAAAGCUGGGAUCUGGGACAUCCACGAGGGCUGCUUGGCUGAGCACAACAGGAUCAGGACCCUCCCCGCCGGGGACGUCACCGAUGGACUGUGGACACUUAGCAGAGAGCAGCGAGGAGAUCUCCAGCCCGGGCGCAGAGCCCGAUUCCCUGCUGCCUUCCUCAGCCGGCAGCAAUUCCUGCCUGCCCUUGGCGGGCGGGCCGCGGGCCGGAGCCGCUCCGGGCCGUCCCGCCGCCGCCAACGCGGCCCGGGAGCGCAGCCGGGUCCAGACCCUGCGCCACGCCUUCCUCGAGCUGCAGAAGACUCUGCCCUCGGUGCCGCCCGACACCAAGCUCUCCAAGCUGGACGUGCUCCUCCUGGCCACCACCUACAUCGCACACCUCACCCGCAGCCUUCAGGAUGAGGAGGAGUCACCGGGAGAGGGCUUGGGCACCCUGCGUGGGGAUGGAUACCUCCACCCUGUCAAGAAGUGGCCCAUGCGUUCCAGGUUGUACAUUGGAGCCACGGGACAGUUUCUGACUCACCCGGCACAGGGAGACAGCGCAAAUCAUGGGGAAACAUCAACAUCUUCACAGAUCUAACCUCCCCUCUUGCUUUUAAAAAAAUGGUUAUUUAUUACACCUUAUAUAUAUAUAUUUAAGUUAAAAAACAGUAUCUACAGACAAACUAUAAUUCCUGAAAUGCUGUUUGUAGAGGAGAAGGAAUUGAUUCUUAAAUGUAAUUAAUACCUCAUUAAGUUAAUGUUUUUCUAUCAUUGCUGCGAUCUGAAUGAGGGGGAGUGGGAGGUGCUGACUGCAGCCAGCUCCAAUCCGCGCAGCAGCAGCAAAGAGCUGGCAGCAGAGUUAAGUAUCCCUGUCCUCUCUGGGACAAGCGCUGUGAGAAGAGAGAGGAGGAGUGAUGUGCUAAUGGCCAAGUGCAGGACAAAAUAGGCUUGGGUGAAAAGAGAAGGGCAAGGCUAAAAAUAGGAACUGUAAUCCCACGUAGACUUUCUCCACUGCUUAAAGCCGAUGGCAGAAAUCCCCUGACUGCAGCUGUCAGGUCAGGAGGGCUCCAGCCAUCGGAUAGUCCUACAUGUUUGUAGCUAUUGCUGGGAAUGUGGAGGCAUGUUCACGGAGUGAAAAUGUGCUGGGAGACCUGUCCCUCCUGCACAGAGUGCUGUAAUUUGGGAAGUAUCCUGCUUGUAUCCACCACAGGACUGUGCUGCAUGUUUGGGGCUCAGCCUGUGUUUGCUACCCCGGCACAACCACGUGUCUGCUCA